AUGUCUAAGGUAAAUCACAAUGCAUUGCCGUUUGCUGAUGCUUCAACUAUAGUACGGGCACAUCAGAAAGAUACAUAUUUUGAAUCAUCCUAUCGUUCGCAAGUACAAGAUGUUCUUCAUAUAUUUAAGGGACAACGGUUUAUCAAUACUCAUCCUGAGGAAAUUACAGUAGCAGCUAAGUCUUUAUACCUCAUACUCACGACAUUGAUUGGAGCAAGAACUUUAGGGGAAGAGUAUGUUGAUCUUAUCUACGUGAAUAGGACGGGGAAAAGAUUCCCUCAAUUACUCCCCAAACUAGGGUUUAUCUUGUCAUAUGCAUUAUUACCAUAUUUAUUCACCAGACUAGUAAGAAAGUACAAGCCAAAAGAUGGCGAUGAAUCUACCAAACCAAAAGAAGGAGUGAGGUUCUGGCUAACUCAAUUCUUUUCAUCAUAUCCUAAGGUAUUAGACACGCUUAUGAAUUUGCACAUCGCUAUAUUUUAUUUCAAGGGAGAAUUCUAUUCAAUAUCGAAGCGUAUUUUCGGUUUACGCUAUGCAUUUGGGCAUAAUAAAGAUCCUAAGAAAUUGAAACUCGCCAGAGGUGAUUACUCUUUAUUGGGUGGUAUUAUUUUGUUGCAAUUUGUAGUGAAAUCAUUGAUUAAAUUUAAAAGCUACAUUGAUGACAAAAAUAAAAUAGAUAAAUCUGAAAACGAAGAGAAUGAAAGGAAUAUGAACGCAAUUUUUAAAAUAUCCCAGCUAGAAAAAUUCCGAGACAAUGUGACUACUAACGAUAAACUCUACAGGCAAAUCAAUGUGGAUUUAUCGAAUCCUGAUCAUUUGCCAUAUUUGCCUGAAAAUUCAAGAUCAUGCAUGUUAUGUUUAUCACCAAUGACAAAUCCAUCAGCAGCUUCAUGUGGGCAUUUAUUCUGCUGGGAAUGUAUAGUUGAUUGGGUAAGAGAACACCCUGAAUGUCCCUUAUGUAGGCAACAAUGUCUUGAACAAAAUUUGCUUCCCUUGAAAUGA